AUGACCGGUGCUCCCAGAAACUACAGCAAAACCUACAAUGUGCCCAAGCGUCCUUUCGAUUCUGCUCGUCUCGAUGCUGAGUUGAAACUCGUGGGUGAAUUCGGUUUGAAGAACAAGAGAGAAGUCUACCGUUUCGGUUAUAUGCUUUCAAAAAUCCGUCGUGCCGCUCGUGAGCUUUUAACGUUGGAUGAAAAGGAUCCCCGUCGUCUUUUCGAGGGUAAUGCGUUGAUUCGGCGUCUUGUCCGUAUCGGUGUCCUCGAUGAAAGCCGUAUGAAGCUCGAUUAUGUCCUUGCCCUUAGAUUGGAAGAUUUCUUGGAACGUCGUCUUCAGACACAAGUGUUCAAGGUCGGCUUAGCCAAAUCUAUUCAUCAUGCCCGCAUCCUUAUCCGCCAACGCCACAUCAUUGUCAACGGUCGCAUCGUUACCGAGCCCAGCUUCAUUGUUCGCAUGGAAUCACAAAAACACAUUGACUUCUCAUCGUUGUCACCUUAUGGUGGUGGUCGUCCCGGUCGCGUCCAGCGAAAGAGAGCCAAUGCAGCUGCUGGCAGCUUGGAAGAAGACGAUGAAGAAUGA